UCCGGAACGUUAGCUAGUAAAGAUGUGCUUUCUAGUCGGAAGAUUAAGAGUGUGACACUGAUGUUUCACGUGGGAGCCUGCAGGCUGAGAGCAGACAGAGAUGCCAAAGAAAGGGAGAUCAGCAGUGAAGAGGCCUGAUAAUAAGGCAGAGAAUGGCGUGGCAGUGUCUGCUAAACAGAGAAAGACAGAAAGUCUUCUGUGCUUCGAAUCACCGGCCAGCCUGUUCCAGAGUCUGAUCGCCCCCAUGGACGUGGAGCAGUUCUUCCAGGAGUACUGGGAGAAGAAGCCUCUGCUGCUGCAGAGAUCAGACCCUGCUCUGACCUCCUACUACCAGUCCCUCUUCCAGCUGUCUGACCUCAAACAUCUGUGUACCCAGAACCUGGAAUAUGCCAGAGACUUGAACGUGUGCCGCUGUGUGAACGGCAAGAAGAAAGUGAUGAAUAAAGAGGGACGGGUCAAUUACAGCCAGCUGAAGAAGGACUUCGACCAGAGGAGAGCCACCAUACAGUUCCACCAGCCUCAGAGGUUCAAGGAUGAGCUGUGGCAUAUCCAGGAGCAGCUGGAGUGUUUCUUCGGGGCUCUGGUUGGUUCUAACGUCUACAUCACACCUCAGGAAUCUCAGGGUCUGCCUCCGCACUACGAUGACGUGGAGGUGUUCAUUCUGCAGUUGGAAGGCCAGAAGCACUGGCGUCUGUAUGAGCCCACCGUCCCCCUGGCCAGAGAGUACAGCUUAGAGCCCGAGGAGCGCAUUGGCAAGCCCACCCAUGACAUCAUACUGAAGGCAGGUGACCUGCUGUACUUCCCCAGAGGAACCAUCCACCAAGCAGACACACCAGCAGGAGUGGAGCAUUCUACACACCUUACACUCAGCACCUACCAAAACAUGUCAUGGGGUGACUUCCUUUUAGAUGUUUUCCCCAGUCUGCUGUUUGACUCUAUGAAGGGUGACCUCAGCCUGCGGCAGGGUCUACCCAGAAGCCUUCUCUGUUCUCCAGGUGUGAGUUCAGAGGUAAAUAAGCAGGUCUCUGUGUUUCUGAGGGGUCUAGCAGAGAGUCUGGAGAAGGAGCAGCAGGAGCUGCGCUCCUCAGAAAUGAGGAGAGACUUCAUCUCCAGUCGACUUCCUCCUUACAAGCUGCAGGAGGAGGACAUAAUGCCAGUUGGAAAGUUACCAGCACUGGAGGACUCUGUGUGUGUGAGGUUUAAAGAGCAUAUCCUUCUUACAGUGGAGCCCAGUCAGGAAAACACGGAUGAAGCCACAGAGUUGAUGGCAUUUAUGUUUCACUCUUUAAAGAACAAGCGGGAGACACACAUGAUGGGGGUACAUAGCGUUGAUGAUGAGGAUCAGGAAGAUGAAGAGGAGAGCUCACAGCUCCAAGGGCUACGCUUCCCCUUGACUCACCUCCCUGCUCUCAGACGGCUGCUGAGUGGAGAGCGUCUCCUGGUGGCUGAACUGCCGCUGGAGCUCGAUGCAGAUAAACUAGGCAUGGUGAUGGGUCUCUGGACUGAGGGGCUGCUGCAGGUCUGCUGAUCUGCUCUGUUUGUGCCUUUUCUGUGUCUAUCAUGUGAUCUGGAGAAAAGAACAGCAUAUGAGCUUCAGUUGUCUUCAGAAUCAUGUUCAUAAGAAAGCAGCUUUAACUGGAUUAAAAAAAGGAAA